GACUUGACGUGCAGAAUAGCAGUUGCUCCUGGAGAAUGGAAACCUUGCUGAGGAAUUUUAACAUUAGAUUUGAAAAUAUGUGUUUGAUUUGGAAAAAAAAAAUCUGUGACUAUGGGGAAGACGACUCUGCUUUCUACAGAAGAGAGAGAGAGAGAGAGAAACACGCAGCGGCUGAAGAAAUGGAGCAAGUAGCAAAACUCCUGCUGUGGCAGCUUUUGCUUCUGCAAAGGUCUGUUGUUCAUUUGUAUUCAGUGCCAGCUGAUGCGUUGAACCCUGAGAGCGUGGUGGUGUCGGUGUCGAAUGUCAGCGCCGUGGCUGGGUCCCAAACUGUCCUGACCUGCAAGAGUUACCGCAUGAUCUGGACCCAGGACCGCCUGUAUGACCGCCAGCGCGUGGUCCACUGGGACUUGUACAGCAACCCGGAAGGCGAUUACAAGGCGGAAAGGCUGUGUGACAUGUACUCCGCUGGGGAGCAGCGGGUGUACAGCUCCUACAACCAAGGCAGAAUAGCCAUGCCCCAGAACGCCUUCGCAGAUGGCAACUUCUCAUUGGUGAUCAAAGAUGUGGCAGAGAGCGACCAAGGCACGUACUCCUGUAACCUCCACCAUCACUACUGCCACCUGUACGAAACGGUGAAAAUCCAGCUGCAGGUCACCGAGAAAGCCGCGGAAGCGAAGAGGUACUGGGACGGCGAGAAGGCGGUGGUCAUUGCCCUGCGGGACAGCACCGUGGUGCUUCCGUGCGUGAACCGGAACCAGAUCUGGACUGAGCGGCACAGUGAGGAGGAGCAGCAAGUGAUCCACUGGGACAGGCAGCCCCCGGGGGUGCCCCACGACCGGGCCGACCGCCUCAUAGACCUGUACGCCUCCGGCGAGCGCCGCUCCUACGGGCCGCUCUUCAUGCGGCAGAAGAUGAACAUCACCGAGACGGCCUUCGCCCUGGGCGACUUCUCGCUGCGGAUUUCGGCUCUGGAGAGCGCGGAUGAGGGCACGUACUCCUGCCACCUCCACCAUCACUACUGCGGCCUCCAUGAGCGCAGGAUCUUCCGGGUCUCCGUGACGGAGCCAGAGAGAGAGAAGAAGGUGGUGAACCUCACGUACAGCAACAACGUGCCAGCUGUAGAUCCAAACCCAGGCCGGGGCCAUAACGUGAUAAACGUCAUCAUCCCCGAGAGCCGGGUACACUUCUUCCAGCAGCUGGGCUACAUCUUGGCCACCCUGCUCCUCUUCAUCCUCCUCCUCGUCAUCGUGGUGCUCGUUACCCGCAGACGCCGGAGUCGAGGCUACGAGUACAACGUGAAGAAAUAUGAAGAGAAGGACGUGAAUCUCAAAGAGCUUACAGUUGACCCAACCAACCUGACCCAGUAUAAAAGUGAAGACAUAAGGCUGGAUUACAAAAACAACAUCCUGAAGGAGAGGGCCGAGCAAAGCAAGACCUUCCCAGCAAAGAUCAUCGAUUUAGACAAAGAUUUCCGGAAGGAAUACUGUAAAUGAAGACAUGCUGAAGCUGCUGGCUGGACCAGAAGCUGCAAUUAAAGAUAAAUAGACGAGAUGCGUUUCUUAUUACAACAUCCUUCCAGUUACCGUAGAGCUUUCAUUUAGACUUUCUUCCUGGUGGGCACCACGGCAUGUACAGCUGCAUACAGAAAGGGUUAGACUCUGUGUGAUGUUAAGAUGAUUUUUGGUGGCUUCUUUUUCCCCUUUCCUGAUUUUUUUUGUUCUUUUGCAUCCAUGUUCUUUUCCCUCAAUGGAACCAGCAGACAUUUAGGUUUAACUUAACAGCAGUAAAUAAACCCAAACUGCAUCAUGACCCUGAGGCACCCUUACAUCAGGUACUUCUCCGUACAAUGUGUUUACUGGGAAACAACACCAGGCCUGAUUCUGAGUUCCCGCGCACUGGCGUAAAUCAGGAGGAAUAGUCAUGACCUUUAGCACUUUCCAUAUUCAAGAUGUGAUAUAAAUGUGAGCUAAUUCAGCCUCAUGCCCUGCCAGAGGGUGAGCUAAUAUUCUCCUCUUCAGGUGGGGAAACUCAGGCACACCAGAGCAGUAACAUGCUUGUGAUUUUAGAGGACAUGUUGCAGCACUGGGAUUAAAUCCCAGAUGUGCUGUAUGCUUAGCUCUGUCUUACUGCUAGACCAAACCCAGCCUUGGCAUGAGCAGGUAGAGCGUUCUUUGAAGUCAAUGGCGUUACACUGCUAUAAAACCUGUGUACGUUAGACCAGAGCGAGGAACCUUACUAUGAACAAGGCCAGAUUCUUGGGUCCAUCAGGUAGUUCUCUGCUGCAUAUUCUUCAUUUGCCAUAGGGGUCCUACCCAAGCAGUGAGGUGCAGACCUUAACUCUACUCUGUAGGUCUCUGAGCUGCAGGACGGAUCAGGGAGGGGAAUUUUUCACUGUGACCAAACCCAGCCCUAGGCAUGACUCCCACUGAAGUAAAGAGAGGCUGUAGGCUGUGGCUGAACGAGGCCUUCGGAGAACAACUGGCAGCAAACUUGAACUCGCUGGAUGGCACUUUCAGAAGCACCUUUAUGAUUUAGGAAUACAAAGGCCCUUGAAAAUCUAUGGAACAGGUGCUCCUAAGUCAUUUAGGUCCUUUUGAAAAUCAUAGGAACAGCCAUACUGAGUCAACCCAGUGGUCCACCUAGCCUUGUAUCUUGUCUACCAACAGGCCAGUGCCAGAUGCUUCAGAGGGAGUGAACAGAACAGGUCAGUUUAUCAGUGAUCCAUCCCCUGUUGUCCAGUCCCAGAUUCUGGCAUUCAGAGGGUUAGGGACUUGAGAGCAGGGGAUUGCAUCCCUGACCAGCUUGGCUAAUAGCCCAUGAACUUAUCCAAUUCUUUAAAUUCAGUUAUACGUUUGGCCUUCACAACAUCCCCUGGCAAGGAGUUCCAUAGGUUGUACAUUGUGGGAAGGCGCACUUCCUUAUGUUUUUUUAAAACCUGCUGCCUAUUAAUUUCUUUGAGUAACCCCUGGUUUGUGUAUUAUGUGAAAGAGUAAAUAACAUUUCCUUACUCCCUCUCUCUAUGCCAAUCAUGUUUUUAUAGACUUCUAUCAUAUCCCCCUUUAGUUGGGUCUUUUCUAACAGCGCCCAACCUUUGUAAUCUUUCCUCAUAUGGAAGCUAUUCCAUAUGCCUAAUCAUUUGUGUUGCCCGUCUGUUCCUUUUCCAAUUCAUAGUGACCAGAAUUGCACACUGCAUUCAAGAUGUGGAUGUACCAUGAAUGUCUGCAGUGACAUUCUGGUAUUUUUCAUCUUAUUCUCUACCCAUUUCCUAAGGGUUCCUCACCUCCUGUUUGUCUACACUGGCCCUUUUCCGGAACAGUGUUCCGGAAUAAGGACUUAUGCCCGAGCAGGAGCAGAAUAGUUUUUCCGGAAUAGCGGCUGAUUUUGUACAGUAGAGCAUCGUUGCUUUUCCGGAAAUUCAAGGGCCAGUGUAGACAGCUCGCAGCUUAUUCCGGAAAAGCAGCUGAUUUUCUGGAAUAAGUGGCCCAGUGUAGACACAGCCUUUGUGUGCAGUUGGGAUUAUGUUCUCCAAUGAGCAUUACUUUGCAUUUAUCAACACAUAAUUUCACCUGCCCUUUUCUUACCCAGUCGCCCGGUUUGGUGAGACCCCUUUGUAACUCCUCACAACCUGUUUUGGAUGUAGCAGUCUUGACUAAUUUUGCAUCAUCUCCAAACCUGGCCACCUUACUGCUUUUUCCAGAUCAUUUAUGAGCAUGUGGAACCUCAUUUGUCCCAGUCCAGGUUCUUCAGGGAUCACGUUAUUUAUAUCUCUCUGUUCUGAAAUAUGACCAUUGAUUCCUAUACUUUGUUUCCUAUGUUUUCACCAGUUACUGAUCCAUCAGAGGACCUUCUCUCUGGUCUCCUGAGAGCUUACUUUCAAAUCCUUUGGUGAGGGAUCUUAUCCAAAAGCCCAAGUUCUCUAUAUCCACUGGAUCACCCUUGUCCACAUGCUUAUUGACCCCCUCCAAGAAAUCUAGUAGAUUGGUUAGGAACAAUCUCCCUUUACAAACGCUAGGUUGAUUCUUCUGCAACGUAUGGAUGUGUCUGAUUAAUUCUUUUCUUUACGAUAAUUUCAAACAGUUUUCCUGGUGCUGAAGUUAGGUUGACUGAUCUGUAACUGCCAGGGACACCUCUGGAGCCUUUAAAAAAAAUUAGUGUAACAUUAGCUAAGCUCCCAGGCAUGUGGUACAGAAGCUAAUUUCAGUGAUAGGUGACACUGCAAUUAUUAAUUCCACAAUUUCUUAUCCGAGUUCUUUCAGAACUCUUGGUCUGUGUCUAGACUUCCCAGCUGUCUACACUGGCCGCUUGAGUUUCCACAAGAACACUGACUUCCUACUGUCUGAAAUCA